AAUUUUUAUCAUUCCACCUCCAAAACAAAUAGCUUUUUACUUUACUUCCUCUUUUUACUAAAUGCCCCGUUUUCUUUGAGGUUCCCAGCAACCAGCCACCCAGUUGUGAGCAUAAGUACCUACAGCACUGCAGUUUCAAUUGUUAGCAGGUGACCAGUGGUUAAGCAGCCUGGCGCGCCAAUCUCCCCGCCCGGGCCGCUUCUACCCAAGCGGAACGAAGUGACAUCCCACCUCCCGUCCUGUCCAGAAGCUCGAUCGUGCCCCUCUCUUGACGCAAGAAUACCAGACAAGAAUCAAAACCUUGACCCGCCAUUUCAGCAAAUUUAUCUAGGGGAAAGCGUCUACUCUCUUUUCCACCAUCGCGACCAUCACAUCCCGACACACUCACAUAUCGAGCGAGGAACCUUUGAUUCGUUUUAGCGAUUCAGUUUUGUUGAGCAGCCACCACCAAACCGUCUAUUCGCCAAAGAAAGCCAGGCCGCAAUCAUGAAUCCCCACCAGGCGAAGAAGAUCGAUGUCAAGUCCCUCUCCCCUGAGGAGCAGCGCCUCUUCCGGCUCUACGGCAAGCUCCCCAGCAAGUCGGACCACUUCGCCAAGCAUCUCAAGGAGCGCAAGUACUUUGACAGCGGCGACUACGCGAUGAGCAAGGCCGGAAAGGGUGACAGCGUCGACACGGGCUCCGUUGGCAGCCAGCACCCCGUUCCCGAGAACAUCCCCCAUCUGUCGAGCCCCGUCAGCGGACCCAACGGCAUUGGGAGCAUCCUCCAUCCCCACCAUCACCAUCAGCAUCACAAUGUCAGCAUGCAGGCCGGCAGCCCCGUCAAAGAGAGCAGCUUUCUUAACCGGGAGACCAGUGCCGAGGAGCUCGAGAAGGGUGUCCCGGUCUCUGGUGCCGGUGCAGAGAACGGUCAGGCUGGUGCCGAGCCGACUGUUACACCCACCGCUCAGGACGGGCUUCCGACUAGACGAUAA